AUGUCGUCGUUUCCUACUCUUAAUAGUCCCGAGACCAGUCUCUUUGAAUACUAUCUCCUACGGCUCUGUCCUCUUACUACACCAUCGUCGCAACUCUCGUCGCCUUUUGCAAGCAUGAUUGCUCCCCUGUUUGCCAACUACGGUCAAGAUCUUCUUGUGCAGUCUGUCCUAGCAUUUGCUGCUCGACACAGAAGUAUCACAGAUCCAUCGUGGUCUCGAUCGGCGAUGAGGAUGAAAGGCAAGGCGCUUACUGGACUGUUGCGAAGGAUUCGAUCUCCCGAUGUUACUGCAGACGUCAUCUUGGACCCACAGGUCCCUGCAACGAUGAUGUUUCUGUGUCUUUACGAGAUACUUGACAACGGCGACUAUCGCUGGGUGUUUCACCUUCGAGCAAGUCAAGACUUUAUGCGCAAACGGCAACUAAUUGCGCUUCCGUCCAGUGGUAAAUCCGGGUUAGAGAAUCUCGCCGCCUUUGCAGAGCGGUAUUUCGCAUUUCAAGAUGUCAUAAGCAGAACAGCCUGCGGAAACUCUCCAAUCUGGGGUCUCGAAUAUUGGCAGCGACCAGAUCACACCGAAGAUAUCGAUCCGUGGAUGGGAUGUAGUCCGGCAAUGGCAUCUGUCAUUUUCAAGAUUACCGAACUUGCUCGGACACGGAAUCGAGAUAAUCUCUCUCAGGCUGAUUACGAGCUUCAAGUUGAGAAGUUGGAUAGAGAAUUGACCUUGGUUAGUUCCAACAUCACCAUUCUCGAAGCCAAAGACGAAAACGUCAGACGAUCUGUCAAUUUGAAAAAGAUUUCAGUACAGCUCUACUUCCACUGCCUACUCCGAGACGCAGAUCCAUCUACAACCCAGGUCUCGUACCUCGUCAUCGAAGUUCUACAUUCCGUCCACGGUCUUAUACAACAAGGUUGCGCCGCAGGUCUACUAUUCCCGUUAUUCGUUGCGGCGGUGGAGUUAGAUCCCCUGAAUGAUGAUAGGAUGUUCGAGCACAUGGGACUAGGUACAUAUAUAACAGGAAGACAAUUGGUUCUAGAAACUCUAGAUACCAUGGUGGGAUCGUCAUUAGCAAAUAUUGAGCGGACGAAAGCAGUUAUCCUUAAGGUUUGGAGGAUGAGAGACUUACAUACACAAGAGGAACCUCCCGUGGUGGGGUUAGGGAAUGUGAAUGAUUGGAAUACGUUUGUGAGUCCGUAUACCCAGAAUUUGAACUUGGCUUGA